AUGGCGAUUUCUGUCCUCCGUGAUUUCCUAUUAGGAUACCUGUGUUAUGGUUUAAUAAAUGUGGUACCCCAGCUAAAAUCCCCACCUGACAAUGUCUUCGACCCGGAUCGGCCAGUGAAGGGCCUUUACGCCAGAAUUCGGGCGGUAGAAUCCAACUCUGGUACACAAAUAUCAUGUCUUUUUAAAAACGUGCAAUAA